AUGUCUUCUUCGCAACAUCAUGGAUCUAAUGAAUUUAUUAGUAAUUUCAGUAUACAAUCUAUGUUAAAUUUAACUAAUAAACAAGAAGAUUCUACUAUGAAAUAUUCUAUGAAUAACUCAAAUGAUAAUGAUAACAUUAAGAAUAUACAAAGUGAUCUAUUGUCUUUGAGUCCGUUCAAUUUAAAUGUAUUAAACACAUCGUUGAAUAAUUAUCAACAUCAAGUGAAUGAGAAACAACUUAGUAACGGUUUACAAAACUUUGAAAUGAAUGAUAUUUUUCAUAAUCUAAUCAGUAAUAAUUAUCAACAAAAUUAUAAUCUUCACCGGUAUUCAACAUCGAAUAAUACGUGGGAAAAUUAUAUGAAUUCCAACCAUUCUGAUAAUAUUCCUGUCACUUUAUUGUCUGGAUCAUUAACAACAUCAACGACAUCAACAACACCAACAACAGUACAUAAUGAAAAUAUUAAUCAUUCAUCAGUUAUGACUAAUCUAACAUUACCUGAAGAUACUAUGAAUUAUCAAUCAACCAGUGAUUCUCUAUCGAUUAGUCCAUCAACACCACAAUCAUUAAAUUAUUCAUUAUCUGAUCCGAUGUUAUCAAAUAAUCCAUUGAGUAGUUCGCCUAUACAAAGGAAACGCAAAUUGACUGAUCAUACGAACAGAAAUGAGAAUUGCAUGAAUAUUAGCAAGUAUUAUGAACACAAUGACAGUAAAGAUGAAAGUCAUGAGAAUAAACGACAGUAUUUGUCAGAAGAUAAAGAGAAGGAAGGUGAUGACAAUGAUGAUGAUGUCGAUAAUCAAGGUGAAGGUGAUGAUGAUGAUGACGAUGAACCGAACGAAGAUGAUAAAGAAAGUAAAGAGAAUGAAAAAGAUGAAGAUGACGUCAACAGUGUUACAGAUCAAAUAUCAAAAUCGAAUAAAACAAAAGAGAAUUCUGAUUCAGAUAAACCACCAUUCAGUUAUAAUGCAUUGAUUAUGAUGGCAAUUAGAAAUAGUUCAGAGAAACGUUUAACACUAAAUGGCAUAUAUGAUUUUAUUACGACUAAUUUUCCAUAUUAUAAAAACAAUAAACAAGGUUGGCAAAAUUCAAUAAGACAUAAUUUAUCACUAAAUAAAUGUUUUGUUAAAGUGCCACGUGCAUAUGAUGAUCCAGGGAAAGGUAAUUAUUGGAUGCUUGAUCCAUCAUGUGAAGAUGUAUAUAUUGGAGGAACAACUGGAAAGUUAAGACGUCGAACAAAUUCAUUACAGCGUAGUCGAUUAUUUAAUCUACGUUUGGCUAGUUAUUAUGCAUCAUUAGCCAGAAAUUAUUCAAUUCCAUCUAAUGUUGAACAGUUUUCAUCAACUCCACUAGCAAUGUUUCAUCAUCAUCCUACAGUAAUGCAUAAAUCACAGUUCGUAUCAAAUAAUAAUAGUACUAGCUUAAAUUCAUUUCAUUCAUCAGUUGAUGAUACACCACCGUUCUUAGACAUAUUUAAUCGUAUUUCAGCCGAACAAACGCCAUUUUUAUCAUCAUCUUUCCCAAAUCCUUGCAGUCAUCCCGUCUAUGACAACUCACUUUAUAACAGAUCAUAUGUACGAAAUAAUUAUGAACCAAUAUUAGAUUAUUUAAGUAUUCAUCGAUCCAACGCCCAUAAAUAUCAUCCUAUUUUGGAACAUUUAUCUCCCCCUCCACCUCUAUCCUCAGCACCAUCAACAUCGCCACCUACAUCGAUAAAUCUAUCAUCCAAGUUAUCAGUAUCACCUCUGCAUCCUCUUUCUCAUAGACAAUAUCCUCCUUCAUUGAUGAAUUCUUAUCCUAAUUCUAUGUUACGCAAUACAAACGAAACUAAAUUCUCUGAUGAACAGUGGCUUUCAAGUAAUCUUAAAUUGGAUUGUUCUAACUCGAAAAUAUGGGAUACACCAAAGUCUCAAAUUAAUUGUUUAUCUACGAACAAACAGUUAACAUCACCAACAAAAAGGAUCAAUAUUUCUCCACAGAGUAGUACCAUGAUGAAAAAACUAAUGUUAAUGACUACUGAUUCACAACAGAAACAAUUGAAUAGAGCUCCUGAAAGAAAAAUUCAAGAAUCUAUGGAUUUUUUAUUAGGUGUAUAUGGAUCACUUUUAAAUGCACAUCCUGAUAUAAUCAAGAAUACAAAUAGCUAUGUUCAGUUUCAGAAUAAUAGAGACAACGAUUUACACUAUACUUUGCCUGUAAAUGGAGGAAAAAUCUAA